AUGGCUGCGGCGGCGGCCUUCUCCGCCGUCCUCACGACAGAGCACGCCCUCGACGGCGUGUCUGCGGCGUCCGGCCUCGAGAUCAGCGGCGGCAGGUGCUGGGCGGCCGGCGACGACAGCGUCUUCCUGUACGAGCUGGACCUCGGCCUGGACGGCGUGCCCGACUCAACCGCCAUCGCGCCGCGCGUUGUGAAGAAGCUGCGCCUGUGCGCCAGCCGCGACGUCGACGCGGCCAGUGGGGCCGUAAGGAGCGAGGAGGGGAUCCCCAAGAAGCUCAAGCCGGACUUUGAGGCGAUCGCGGCGCUGCCCUUUGAGGGGGAGACCCACAUCGCGGCCGGCCUGCGAGACGCCAUUGUGCUGCUCAACCCCGACACUGGCGCCUCUCGCGCCUUCGACGGCGCCGCGCUCUUCUCCGCCCUCCGCGCCGAACCCCGGGUCACCGGGACAGCCAAGCUCAACCUCGAAGCCGCCGCGGUGGUCGGCGGCGGCAGCCACCUCGCCCUCUUCCAGCGCGGCAACAUCCCCGGCGGCCACAACGCGGUGGCGCUCUACGCGCUCGCGGACUUCGAGGCCUUCCUCCGAGGGCAAGGCAGCGGCGACGCCGCGGCCGACGGCGCAGCAGGCGUAGUAGUGACGCGGCCGCCACUGCGGUAUGCGGUCGUGCACCUGCUGCUGCCGCCGAUCGCGGAGCGUGGUGGGGGCGGCAACGCUUACUUGGCCGGCGUGUCGGGGGCGUCCACGGUGACCGUCCCCCUCCCGCGGCGCGACGGCCGCGCCAGUGCCUCUGCUGAUGCUGGCCAUGCUGCAGCUGCUGCUGCUGCGCCUGAGGGUGGCGAUGGUGUUGAUGCUGACGAAGACGGCGCGGGCGAGGAGUUCCUGCUGCUGAGCGCGAGCUACGAGGCGACCCUCAACGAAAUCGACGACGGCCCCGUCCUGGGCAGCCGCGUCGCGCUGCUGCCCUCGUCACGCCUGCUGGCCCUCACCGACAACGGUGACGUAACCGAUGACGUCAUCGAUGGCGCCGCCCCUGUGCCUUCCGUCGACCUGUCAGAUCUCUCAGCACUAAUCUUGCCGCCAGGCCGUGGCGAUGGGGGGAAUCCUGAGCCCGUGUUGGCCAAGGUGGAGGGCAUUGCGGCAGUGGCGUGCAGCUGCAGCCGCGGGGCCGCGGGGGAGGGGGUCGUGCGGGUCGCGGCGCUGGCGGUGACGGACCCGGACGGGGAGGCGUCCGCGGUGCUGCAGGUGGCGGUGGCGGCGCCGGCCGGGCUGCUGCGGGGCGCGCUCGCGGCGGCGUGA